CAUCUCCUAAACAGUGAGCACCAUGGAAACACUAGAAACUGAGAAAUUCUUCUCAGACAAUAAACCUCUGCUAAAACCAAUUUCAGAUCAUUCGGAGAUCAAGACAUAUGCAAGAAGAAACGCUGUUGUCUCAGUUCUACUUCAGCCCUUCCAAUGGUUACAAAUGCUGAGUUCUAGGCUAAACCUAAGCUUUGUGUUAGGUGUGGUGCUUGUUUACGGCGUAAACCAAGGGUUCUCUGGUUCGAUAUUCAAAGUCGUCACAGACUAUUACUGGAAAGAUGUCCAGCAAGUGCAGCCAUCGGUUGUGCAGCUUUACAUGGGGUUAUAUUACAUUCCGUGGGUCAUGAGACCCAUUUGGGGUCUCUUCACCGAUGUUUUCCCCAUCAAAGGUUACAAAAGAAAGCCUUAUUUUGUCGUUUCUGGUGUUCUUGGUUUGGUAUCUGCGAUUGCUAUUGCUGUUCUUGGUAAGUUGCCCGCUGCUUUGGCUUUGAGCUGCCUCUUAGGUGUCUCUGCAGCUAUGGCUAUUGCAGAUGUGGUGAUUGAUGCAUGUAUAGCAACAAACAGCAUCAAUAUCCGAUCUCUGGCCCCUGAUAUACAGAGCCUUUGUAUGGUUUGUUCAUCUGCUGGCUCUUUGGUUGGAUACGCAACUAGUGGAGUCUUUGUUCACCGGCUUGGACCUCAGGGAGCACUAGGGGUGUUAGCAUUUUCGCCUGCGACUAUCGUCAUACUUGGGUUUUUCAUCUACGAGAAAAGGUCUUCUACUGUUCCUAUACAGAAAAACAAAAAGGACACAGACGGCUUAGGAGUAGCGGUGAAGGGAAUGUGCAAAACAAUAAAGUACCCUGAAGUGUGGAAGCCAUCACUUUACAUGUUCAUAUCCUUAGCUCUCAACAUCAGCACUCAUGAAGGCCACUUCUACUGGUACACUGAUCCUACAGCUGGGCCCGCCUUUUCCCAGGAGUUUGUGGGAAUAAUCUAUGCGAUCGGGGCAUUGGCAUCUAUGUUUGGAGUUCUCAUAUACCACAAGAAGCUCAAAGGCUAUUCCUUUAGGAACAUACUCUUCUUCGCACAGCUUCUAUACGUCUUCUCAGGAAUGCUUGAUCUAGUCUUCGUCAAACGCUGGAACUUAACUCUCGGGAUACCAGAUUCCUUGUUUGUGAUAACCGAAGAAUCUCUCACGAAGAUGAUAAGUAAGAUUAGGUGGAUCCCCAUGGUGGUUCUCAGCACAAGGCUUUGUCCUCUGGGAAUCGAAGGCACCUUCUUUGCUUUCCUCAUGUGCAUUGAUAGUUUUGGACAGCUUGCUUCUAAAUGGGGUGGAGGGCUCGUUCUUCACGCUUUUGGUGUCACGAGACACGAGUUUGGGAAUCUCUGGCUCGUGAUUCUUAUAAGGAAUCUGUUGAGACUAGUCACCGUGUGUUUCGUUUUCCUCGUUCCAGAUUCCGAUCAUUUGGAUGAUCUUGUACCCUCUGAUGUGUUGCCAAAGAAACAAUCAGAAGAUGAUGAUGACAGCGACAUUAAACUUUUGCUUCUGUAAAUGUCUAAAGGAGAAAAUUUUAGCAACAGUGAAUGUUAAGAUCAAAAACUUAGAAGAGAAAACUUGUCGGUUAAAUCUGCUAAUCAGAUGGAAACAGCUUGUAGUUUUUCAUAUUUAAAAGGAAAUACGCGCCGUUUUAUCGUACUACA